AUGGGAAUGCUGCUCAUCAUCUGCAUGUGGGCAGCUUUCUCGUGCCCAGAGACAGCAAAUGCCCAACAGCAGCUCCCCCUCCUGACAUUCACAGACACGCGGGAUCUGCAGCUCUUGCACUUCUGGCUCUUCCUGGCCAUCUACCUGGCUGCCCUCGUGGGCAAUGGCCUCAUCAUCCCUGCCAUAGCCUGUGACCACCACCUCCACACCCCCAUGUACUUCUUCCUCCUCAACCUCUCCCUCCUCGACCUUGGCUCCAUCUCUACCACUGUCCCCAAAUCUAUGGUCAAUUCUUUCUGGAACACCAGGGACAAUUCCUACUGGGGUUGUGCUGCCCAGGUUUUCUUUGUAUUUUUCUUGUUUGGUGCAGAGUAUUCUCUUCUCACCAUCAUGGCCUAUGACCGCUAUGUUGCCAUCUGCAAACCCCUGCAGUACGGGACCCUCCUGGGCAGCAGAGCUUGUGUCCACUUGGCAGCAGCUGCCUGGGGCAGUGGGUUUCUGCAUGCUCUCCUGCACACUGCCAACACAUUUUCCAUACCGCUUUGUCAAGGCAAUGCUUUUGACCAGUUCUUCUGCGAAGUACCACAGAUCCUCAAGCUCUCCUGCUCACACUCCUACCUCAGGGAAGCUGCGCUUCUUGCUUUUAGUGCUUUUCCUUUUUUAGGAUGUUUUGUUUUCAUCGUGGUGUCCUAUGUGCAGAUCUUCAGGGUUGUGCUGAGGAUCCCCUCCGAGGAGGGACGGCACAAAGCCUUUUCCACGUGCCUCCCUCACCUGGCUGUGGUUUCACUGUUUAUCAGCACUUCACUUUAUGCCUACUUUAAGCCCCCCUCCAUCUCUUCCCCAUCCAUCGAUCUGGUGAUCGCUGUUGUGUACUUAGUGGUACCUCCAGCACUGAACCCCCUCAUCUACAGCAUGAGGAACAAGGAGCUCAAGGGUGCUCUGGUGAUACUGAUGACUGGAUUUUUUCAGCAGCCAUAG